UCACACUUCACUUUACUCAUCUAGCUACUUUGCUUAAACUGCCAAAUUUUUGUUGGGAUGUACACCAUCACUCAAGCUUAACCUAGCUAGCUAGCAUCUCUCAUGUCUCCUCUAACAACUCCUAUGCCGUUUGUCCUGCUCAUUUUCCUUACCCUUCCGUUUGUCAGCCUCACGGCACCUCAAGCCAGCCUCUGCAGAACUUCUUGCGGCAACAUUCCCAUCAACUACCCUUUCGGCAUCGAUGAGGGCUGUGGGAGUCCUUACUACAAAAACAUCCUCGUAUGCUCCGAAUCCUCUAAACUCGAACUCCGAACACCUUCCGGAAGAUACCCCGUUAAAUCCAUAAGCUACUCCGACCCUCACAUUCUUCUCAUCGAUCCUUUCAUGUGGAAUUGCCUAGACGGUGACACAUUCCGAGCCACAAGACCUUUUAGCCUCGACACGAGCACGCAUUUAUCUCUCUCUCCUCAAAACGACUACCUAUUCUUUAAUUGUAGUGAACAAAAUGUGAUCAUUGAGCCAAAGCCUGUGUUUUGUGAGAGGUUUCCGGAGCGAUGUGACUCUUCGUGUGACAGUUCUAGUUAUCUUUGCAGGCACUUGCCUGAGUGCGCCUCAGCGUUGAGGACAAGUUCUUGCUGCUCUUACUAUCCCAAAGCCACUGAGUCUCUGAGGUUGAUGUUGAAGUAUUGUGCUACUUAUACUAGUGUGUAUUGGAGAGCAGGUGAAAAUCAGCCGGAUGAUCAAGUUCCUGAAUACGGAAUUCGUGUCAAUUUCGAUAUUCCGGUGACCACCCGUUGCCUUCAGUGUCAGGACACAUCUAAAGGAGGCGGGACAUGUGGAUUUGACACGAAAACACUCAACUUCUGGUGCUUAUGUGAUAGAGGAAAUGUCACUACGUAUUGUAAAGAUCACAGCAUUUCUCAGAAUAGGAGGAAUGGAGUACUUGCAGGGACGAUUAGUGGAGUGACAGUUGCAGGAGCCUUUGGAGUUGGAGCAGGAAUUUGGUACUUGAAGAAAAUGAGGGCUAAAUCACCAGUAACAUGUGGGGUUCAGAGCAAUGAGAAUAGGCUUUUCUAAAGACACUAAACCAAAGUAAAAGCAUCCGCCUUCUUUCUUUACCUUUUCUACUUUUUUUUAAUCGCUUUUUGCACAUCGACAUGCUUUUCUACGUCUCUUGAUUCUUUUCCUGUUUAUAUACAACAUUGAGACAGCCAAUGAAGCGUGAGAGUAACUUUUCUGCUUGAACAAUCUAGUGAUGUUAUAUUAUUUGUAUCUAUUUGUUACUACUGAAAUAUCAACAGUGCCGUGCACUGAUAUUAUAACA